GGUCCGCAAGCUGCCGACCGUCCGCGACCCGGAGUCUGGAUUCGAGGGCUGGAAGUCGAACCCGGUGUACAUAGGAGGGCCGCGGUGGACAAUUUCGAAGACAGGCUCCAGGGACACGACGAGGGGCGGCCGCGGAACCUUCGGGACCCGGGAGACGUGGAUCGGCGUCGCGGCGCGCGAGAAGAACUGGGUCCCCGGCCCAGGCGCCUACAGGUCGGACCGCGAGUUCCUGUGCAACGAGAAGGACGAGAUCGACUCGAACAAGACGAUCCAGGAGGGGAUGCGCCCCCGACUACUCCUUCCCGAAGGACGUCAAGGAGACUAG